CGAACGUAACAGGCGUGAGCAGCGAGGGUUGCCUUGAUGUACAAGUAAGGCGGGAUCACAUGACGAGCGCAGCCUGGAGCACUGUUGCAUGUAAUUCGUAGCCAACCUUCCGGACAUCUUAUACCAAAGAAAUUGAAGGAGGCGAAAUCGAGGAAAGCUACCCGAGAGCUCGGCGGAUGCCUUGCCACUUGUCGCAUGACCCACUUUCCUCCAAUUAAUACGUUGCCCUUGUAGAUCAGCUUUGGUUGGUGUCUAUCGAAGAUCGGAUAUCAUGAUGCGCAGUCAAACGUUUUAUAACUCUGUGCGGGUCAAUUCCACGCGGAGACGCCUGUUAAUAAAACGCUUGAACGCCCAUUUCUACACUGGUAGUAGCGUGACCGACGCACUUAAGAAGCCAUUCGACAUCCUGUUCUUCGGUCGCGACGAAUUCUCUUGUAAUGUCUUCAAGCAAUUGCAUGACGCCCGAGAUGUUUGGAAGUCCAUCUCAAUCGCUACUAACCCAGACGUGAAAACUGGUCGACGGGGUUCACAUUUAUCAAUUUCUCCACUAAAACAGCUUGGAGAAUCUCUCGAGGUUCCAGUUCACACUAUACCACGACGAAAGGUUGACUUCAGGGAUUGGAUGCCUCCACCACCAUUUACGAACACCAACGAAGCUCAUUUCUCUGACCCUGCCAGUGAAACCCAUCUUCUUGUCACUGCUUCCUUCGGACGUAUUCUCCACCCUUCGCUCUUACGUGUCUUUCUGCCAGGUCAGCGACUCAACGUUCAUCCAAGCUUACUGCCUGCAUAUCGAGGUCCGGCCCCCAUUCAGAGAGUUUUGAUUCGAGGAGAAAAUGUGACAGGUGUAUGUGUCAUUGAUAUGAUGGAGAAGAAGGAAGGGAUUGAUGCGGGAAGCGUGUGGGGCUGCGAGAGGAUGGUUGUUCCAGAAAACGCUACAUUUCCUUCGAUGUCAGUGGAGCUGGCCCGAAUAGGAGGAGAUCUACUUGUCACAGUACUUCGGGAUAUGUUGCUAGGAAAGGCUCGCAGCAUCCCGCAACCUCCAGUCUCAUCUACCACCCCACGUGCUUCUGCAAUAUCCGCUUCCGAUGCACGGAUUGAUUUUACGUCUCAAACUGCGUUGGACAUAGUUCGACUUUCUCAUGCUAUUUCGCAUCAGCGUCCUAUCACGACUACAAUGCCCAAUGGACGCACUCUUCAGCUGCACCAUCUCAGUGUCUCCAUGAGCCAUGAUGACUUGGGCCCUGUUGAGCCUGGUUGGGCAGUGUAUUCGCCACAUACACACACAGUACUCAUAAGUUGUGCUGACGGAGAGUGGCUUAGUGUUUUGGAGUUAAAGUCCCAAGAUCGUGCGCUUCUGGCUGCGAAGGAAUGGUGGAAUGGAGUCAAAGGGCUAGGCCUGCUGCACGAGGGUAUGCUGAAACUUCUCUAGAGUGUUCUUUCAUGUCGGCAUACAUACCGCUUAGAAGUACUUCUCGAGCGCUUGUUACGAACCAGAACUCGAUUCAUAUCCAGAAGCAUACUGCGCAGUCCGGGAAAGGUCCGCCACAGUCCCGGGUCUGUGGGAUAAUGAUUGUCACUGAAGUGCCUCGUGUGGAUACAUGUGAUUCAGGAUCAGAUCAGAAUGGUAUCGAAGCCUUACUAGGCUACAACCCUUGAACUUGGAGAAGUGUGUAGUGGGGUUGUUCAUUAAGUGAUAGCUUGGCCCGAUCAGCACGCAGACAAUUACA